UGCGCAUACUUUUUAGCACAAAAUGGCCGAAAGAAAUGGUGUGUUGCUUGUCCAAUGUUCCACGUCAGUAAAUAUUCGAAAGAUGGCUGCAGAUUUGUGUGGAGCUUUUGUUGAAACUGAGAAGAAUUUGAUACAAACAAUGACGUGGAAAAUAAGUAAUAAAUAUUACGAUGCUGACGUAAAUUUGAUGACAACAACAGGGACGUGGAAAGAUUGCAUGCCUCGACAAGAGCUCGAGUGUGUGGAUGGUCUCGUUCUCGCAUUUGAUCCUAGAGAGAGAAAUUCGUUUGAUUUAGUAGUAAAGGAAUGGCUAACGUUUGUAAAGGAACACAAGCCAGCCAUUCUGCUGCUCGUCUGCAAUACGUUUUCUGCUGGAGAUAAUGUGGUUGAUUGCCUCAGCAGGCACGAUGUUUUAGAAUGGUGUAUUGAGCAUUCCUUCGAGCUUGUUGAGCUGGAUGUGGAAUCAGAAGUUGAUGAGGAUGAUGUUGACGAUGGGUUUAUGGAGAAACAGGGCAUAGCUAGAAUUAGUGAAGCAAUACAGACAAACACAUGGCCAGACAUGAGAAAGAAAGCAUCUUCUCGAAAGCAAGCGGAAGCAGCAACAGCAGCAGCAGCAGUUGGUUUGGAAUCUAAGUAUAAGCAAGCUGACGGUAGCGUGCCAGUGGAGAAUAGUCAAGGAAGGAUCGACGCUUUACUGCCAGAAGAUCUUGCACCACAUGAUGGUUUAGCUGAUGAUGAUGCAAGUGCUGAAUCAUUUGAGGAGCUUUUUGGAAGGAUGAUGCAAAUGAAAGAGAAAGCUGCAUCACUACCAGACAGAGACAGAAAAGAAUAUGCUGAGAAGGUUGCUUUGUCCUUCUGGCAGGCAUUGGGCGGGGAUGAACUUGAUUGUGAUGACGAAACUGAAAGAUGAAGAUGAGGAUGCAUGUGCAGUAAAUAUCAUUUAUAUGGAAAUGCUUUUGUUAAGUCUACUGUUGUCUGUAUUUCCUAACGACUCAACACUAUCAAAUGUAAUACUAGCGAAUGUCAGAUUCUAAUGUACUAUUAUAGAAAUGGUA